AUGCACUCAGGGGUGAAGCCCUAUGCAUGCUCCAUUUGCGGAAAGGCUUUCACGCAGAAGGCCGCUCUUGAUGAACACAUACGGAUUCACACUGGGGAGAAGCCAUACGCCUGCUCUCACUGCACCAAGUGCUUCGCCCAAAAGUCGGCCUUUGCCGAACACCAAAGAGUUCACACGGGAGAGAGACCUUACGCUUGUGCUGAAUGCGGGAAAUGCUUCACGCAGGGCUCUGCCCUAGCCAAACACGAAAGAGUUCACACGGGCGAGAAGCCAUUUUCAUGUUCCAUGUGUGGGAAAUGCUUCAACCAAAAAUCGGUCCUCGUCAGACACGAAAAAGUUCACCUAGAAGAGAAGCCGUAUUCCUGUUCCGACUGUGGGAAAAGCUUCAGGCAGAAGUCAGACCUCGUGGUCCACGAAAGGACUCACACCUCAGAAAAGCCCUAUUCCUGCUCCGAGUGCGGGAAACUGUUCUCCCACCGGUCGUCCCUUGUGAAGCAUCAGACCGUCCACACGGGCCACAAACCUCACUCCUGUCCGGACUGCGAGAAAAGUUUCAUCCAGAAGUCGGACCUUCUUGACCAUCGAAGAAGCCAUAUUCCUGUGCGGAAUGCCAUAAAUCGUUCCGUCUCAAGAGCACAAAGUGCGAGCACGAGCGACUCCACUCCGGAGAAGCCUUACUCGUGCUCAGAGUGCGGCAAACGCUUCCACCAGAAGUCAAACCUUAACCACCACCAGGUGAUCCACUCGGGCGAGAAACCGUUUUCUUGUUUGGAAUGCGGGAAAAGAUUUUUGAGGAAGGCCGAUCUGGUGACCCACCAGAAAACUCACUCUGGCCUGAAGCCGUACUCAUGUCCCCACUGCGGGAAGUGCUAUAGGAGCAAGUCAACUGUCGUCAAACAUCAGAGGAUCCACAUUGGGGGUGAAAUGUUCCAGUGUUCCGAGUGCGGGAAGUGUUUUAACCAGAGAGCAAAACUCAUCACGCAUCAGAGGAGUCACACUGGAGAGAGGCCAUUUUCCUGCUCUGAAUGUGGGAAAGCUUUCACCCAAAGGGGCAACCUGCUAACGCAUCGAAAAAUCCACAAAGGAGAGAAGCCAUACUCCUGUUCGGAGUGCGGGAAAUGUUUCCUCCUGAAGGGAGGUCUCAUUAAGCACGCAAGAUUUCACACAGGGGAGCGGCACAUAGUGGUGCACACGGGGGGGAAGCCCUAUACGUGUUCGGAAUGUGGAAAAACCUUUUCACAAAAGUCCAACUUGAACGAGCACGAGAAGACACACACGGGAGAGAAACCGUUCUCUUGCUCCGUGUGUGGGAAACGCUUUGCCUAUAAGUCAAACCUGACAACGCACGAGAGGGCGCAUGCAGGGGAGAAGCCACAUUCAUGCCCUGUGUGUGGGAAAAACUUUGCGCAAAAAUACAUCCUGGCCAUGCACGAAAGGACGCACACAAAGGAGAAACCGUUUUCCUGCAGUGUAUGCGGGAAGCCUUUCGCCCACAAGUACACCCUGGCCAUGCAUGAGAAGGCUCACUUGGGGGAGAUGCCAUAUACGUGUACCGUCUGUGGGAAAAGCUUUGCGCAAAAGUACGUCCUCGAUGACCACGAGAGGACUCACACGGGGGAGAAGCCAUACUCCUGCAGCGUAUGCGGGAAGUGCUUUGCGCACAAGUCCAAUCUUAUCACGCACAGGAGAACUCACACAGGGGAGAAGCCCUAUGCCUGCUCCAUGUGCGGGAAAUGCUUUGCACAGAAACCCCAUAUGAUUACACACGAGAGGUCUCACACAGGGGAGAAACCAUUUUCCUGUUCGGAAUGUGGAGUGUGUUUCACUAGGAAAUCCAAACUUGUCAGCCAUCAGCGUUCACACACAGGGGAUCCUUCUGAUGUCCGGUUGCAGCACCUUAAAAUUCAAAUCAAAGAGGAAAUUUCUGACACGGGGAUGUCGGAGACGUUCCCGUGCUCCAACUGCGGCAUGUGCUUCACUCAGAUAAUGGCGCUCCUCGCACACAAGCGGACUCACAUGGGAGAGGCGCUGCAUCCUUGUCCUGAAUGUGGUAAACAGUUCGCUCUGAAGAACGACCUCGUUAACCACCUUGCGAAUCACGCCACCGAUCAGCCGUACUCUUGCUCUUACUGCAGAAAACACUUCCUGAGUAAAUCCCGCCUGGGCCGUCAUGAAAUUAUUCACACGGGGCACAAGCCGCAUUCCUGCUCCAUGUGCGGGAAACGCUUCACGCAGAAGGCCAACCUGGCCCGCCACGAAAGGACUCACACAGGGAAAAGCCUUUCACCUGUCUUGAGUGCGGAAAAUGUUUCACAAGGAAAGCCACUUUGA